GAACCGCUAACCUGCAUCCAAACAGGCUUCUAUAUGACAAAGACGCCUCAUUGCGCUCAGUGCGGCGGCAUCCAUGAUGGACAGCGGCGCCGGAGGCACCGCAGAGUCGUCUCCCUUACCGUCGUCAUCGGUGCUUCCAUUGAUAACGGUGGAGGAAUGGAGGGUUUCGGCCUCCACCAAGCUCUCGAAGACCGCCACCCUCACAGCUGACACUUCCUCCCUUAACAUUCUACGAUACGGUAGCCGAUGGAGUGAGAUACGGGGAAAGAUCCUGGAGGCUUUCGUGCCAGAGGGCUUUCCAAAUAGUGUCACUCCAGAUUAUGUCCCUUUUCAAAUAUGGGAUUCCUUGCAGGGACUCUCAACUUACAUACGGUCCAUGCUAUCCACCCAAGCACUGCUAAGUGCUAUUGGAGUUGGGGAGAAAUCUGCCACUGUCAUUGGGGCUACCUUUCAGUGGUUUCUGAGAGAUUUUACUGGCAUGCUAGGAGGCAUCUUAUUUACAUUUUACCAGGGUUCCAAUCUCGAUAACAAUGCCAAGAUGUGGCGUUUAGUUGCAGAUUUUAUGAAUGAUCUUGGUAUGCUGAUGGAUCUCAUUUCUCCAUUGUUUCCAUCUGCAUUGUUUCUAAUAGUCUGCUUGGGGAGCUUGUCAAGAUCAUUUACUGGCGUUGCAAGUGGCGCAACGAGAGCUGCUCUGACACAGCACUUCUCACUUGAGAAUAAUGCAGCAGAUAUAUCUGCCAAGGAGGGUAGUCAAGAAACUAUAGCAACAAUGGUUGGCAUGGCACUAGGAAUGCUUCUUGCUCAUCUUACAAGGGGAUAUCCUCUGGCAGUAUGGGUUUCAUUCCUUUUGCUGACUUUUUUUCAUAUGUAUGCAAAUUACAAAGCUGUAAGGUGCCUUUCAUUAACAACGUUAAACAGUAAAAGAGGUUCCAUACUGCUGCAGAAUUUCAUAAAGAAUGGCCAAGUCGUUACACCACAGAAGGUUUCAAAGAUGGAGCAUAUAUUUCCUUCCUUGGCUAAUCCAUGGAGUUCAAGUAAUGGGAUAUCACUACACCGGCGUGUAUACCUGGGUGUCAAAGUCUCUGGCCUCAAUCAUCAUGACAUGGUGGAGCUUUCAGGAUCAACUAUUUCUCACUACAAAAAAGCUAAAUAUUUGCUGUUGGAGAGGGAAGGUGUUGUUCGUGCUAUAAUCCAUAAACAGGCAACACCAGCUGAUAUUUUGCAGUCCUUCAUUCAUGCUCUUGUCCUGGCAAGUCUUACCGAGCAAAGCAAGGCAGUGCACAUUGAGAGUCGGCUGUGGAUGGAUGAGAAUUACAAUGAUUUCAUAACAAAGCUUCGUUCUGCAGGAUGGGAAGUUGAGCGGCUUCUGAUACCAUCUAUCGUUUGGAGAGCACAGUGGGAUUAUGUUUCAGCUGAACAGAAGAUCAAAUAGUUAAGCCCUUUGUUCUCAACCACAACUUCUUGAAUUUUGUAGUCAGAAAUUUGAGUGGAAUGAACCGCCUUACUAUAAAAAUAGAUAUUUUAAUCGCUCUUCUUCCAUCCAAACAGAGCUUAAAAUUUUAUUAUUAUGGAAGCAUUUUUCUUCUAAUUAGCCGUCCAUCGAAGCCAAGGCUUUGGGAUGAUUUUUUUAGUGUUUGGUAAUUUUUUUGUCAACAAUAAUAAUAUCAAGCAUUUAUUUCAA